GAGUGUUGAGAGUGGUGUUUUGUUUACUUUUGAAAGGGGAAGUCGCGAGCAGUUUUACCAUUCCUUGGCAUCUGAAACUGCGCUGGAAGGUUCCCCUCUCAAUUCUCUCCCUGCGCCUUGUUUCUUCUCUUUCUUCCAACACAACAGCAAUCCAUCAAACUCUCCACUCAACCCUCGACGACUCAGUUUCGAUACUUGAAAUUCACUCAUACCAACGACAGACAACUACCUCGAAUCAAUCCGGUUCCUUUCAACAGACGAGUUUAUGUCAACUAUCCAAAACCUCAAAACCUUUGACCCCUUCGCGGAGGCCGACGACGACACUGGGGAAGCGAAGCAAACCCAGAAUUACAUCCACAUCCGUAUUCAACAACGCAAUGGUCGUAAGACAUUGACAACUGUCCAAGGUCUCCCCAAGAAGUUUGACCAGAAGAAGAUCCUCAAGGUCAUCAAGAAGAAAUUCGCUUGCAAUGGCACGAUUGUUGCGGAUAGUGAGAUGGGCGAGGUGAUCCAGCUUCAGGGUGAUCAACGUAAAGAUGUUCAGGAGUUCUUGGUCGCCAAAGACGGCCUCGAACUCGAUGCGAAGACGAUCAAGGUCCACGGUUUCUAAACGCUUCAACCGACAUCCUGUGCUAUACUGCUCGGCCAUCGAGGACAGAUAGAAGUUGUCGCUUGACGAGACACUUUUCCUUGAACGAUUGCUUCUUCCAUCGAAUGCCUUCCGGCCGUGCAGCGGCCAAAAUACGAUAGCAUUUGCAGGAUGGGAUAGGUUGUAUGCUUUCAUGAUACCCACAAUAGUAGACACGAGUCUUGGAAUGAUGUGAUGAGGUCACGUCCUUUGGGCAGUGGACAGGUUCGACGGUUAGGACAGGAGGUGCUGGAAGCACUGGUGGCUGGACAAACGAGACCGGGCUUUUCUCUCAUUGAUGCUACCAGCUCUGCACGAUAGCUUCUUAAUGAAUAUGUUAGUGCCGAAGACAUACAUUCCUGUGAGCACCUGGAAAGAUCGAACACUUCGAGAUUUCUGUACGGCCAUAGCAUCUUCAUUCACACGGCGCGAAGGCUCUCGGUGCAG